UAUACUUGUACACCACCAAGUUGUGGAGUGAAAGAGAAGAAAAACCCCACGUUUUUUUGGUCGUGCAUUCUCGUUCCUGCUUAAACCCCCCCCUCCCUCUUUUUUCCCAUCAUUUCUACCUUCUCUUUUCUUUAGUUUUCUUGCAUACUAAAAAUAAAAAUACUCCAUUUCUGGCGUAGCCGUCGAGGUUCGUCUUUCUUCAGAUCUCACUCUUUUCUCUUCAUCUCUUCCUUUUUCUUGUUUUAGAUCGGAUUUUCGAAUUCAAUUUCUCAAUUCUCAACUACUCAUUUCACCUUCGUCGCUCUUCAGAUCCGAUUGACUUGGUGAUGGCGGGGGAAGUGAGAGGUAGAGUGAAGGCUGUUCCUUCAGGGGACACCUUGGUGAUUAUGAGGAUCAUCCAAGGAGAUGCCGUCCCACAGGAAAAGACGGUCACUUUAUCGUAUAUCAUGGCUCCCAAGCUGGCUCGCAGAGAUACUUAUGACGAACCCUUUGCAUGGGAGAGCAGAGAAUAUUUGAGGAAACUCUGUAUCGGACAGGUAGUAUCUUUUAAAAGGAAGAAGGAGGAUGUCCCAUCUUCAAUGGCUGGGGCGGGGGCGAGAGAGUUUGGUUCUGUAUUUAUUGAUGGAAAAGAUGUGGCGAAGAUGGUGGUUUCAAAUGGCUGGGCAAAGGUAAAAGAGCUGAAAGGUGAUGGAAGCCCCGAGUAUCAAGAGCUACUGCAACUUGAAGAACAAGCAAAGGAGCAAGGUUUAGGCAAGUGGAGUAAGACUCCUGGUGCUUCAGAGGCUUCCGUCAGAAAUUUGCCUCCUUCAGCCAUUGGCUCAUCAAAUAAUUUUGAUACCGAGGGGUUUUUAUCUGAAAAUAAAGGAAGGUCAUUGCAUGCAAUUGUGGAGCAGGUUCGUGAUGGAAGUACAGUGCGAGUCUACUUGCUUCCUGAGUUUCAGUAUCUUCAGGUUUUUGUGACUGGAAUCCAGUCUCCUUCAAUGGGAAGGAGACCAGCUCCAGAUAGAGCUAUUGAAGCUGAAGUAAGCACAAAUCAACCUAAUGGACAAACUGCUACUGAGACUCGUGCCCCCCUGACCUCAGCUGCAAUAGUUGCUGCAGCAGCAGGUGUGGAGACAGCCCCAGACCCCUUUGGGAGGGAAGCGAAGCACUUUACAGAGACACGCACAUUGCAUAGAGAUGUACGCAUUGUCCCUGAAGCCCGUGAUAGUUUUGGCAACUUGGUUGCUUCUCUAUAUUAUGAUGCAGAUGGUACAGCAAUGAACCUGGCCCUGGAAUUGGUAAAAAAUGGCUUAGCUAAAUAUCUUGACUGGAGUGCAAAAUAUUUAGAAGACAAGGAUAGAAUGGAAUUGAAAGCAGCGGAGCUUGAGGCAAAGAAGCAGAGAAUGAGGAUGUGGACAAACUAUGUGCCUCCAGCUACAAAUUCAAAAGCAAUCCAUGACCAAAAUUUCACUGGAAAGGUAGUUGAGAUUGUUAGUGGAGACUGUAUCAUUGUUGCCGAUGAUGCUGUGCCACUGGGUCAUCCGUUGGCAGAGAGAAGAGUCAAUCUCUCUAGCAUAAAAGCUAAUAAACUGGGUAAUCCACGGAGGAAUGGUGUAGUAGAGCCAUAUGCACGUGAGGCAAAGGAGUUCCUUCGCCAAAAGCUCAUUGGCCGUCAGGUGAAUGUUUCUAUGGAGUACUCAAGAAAGGUUAGUGUUGGGGGUGGUAUUGAAAAUGUGGGUGCCCCUACUGAUUUCAGAGUCAUGGACUUUGGAUCUGUGUUCCUGCUUGCUCAAGCCAAGGGUCAAGGUGUUGAUGCUACAUCUGCUCAAUCUACAGCUGGGGGUCAGCCAGCUGGAUACAAUGUUGCUGAAAUGUUGCUUAGCCGUGGGCUUGCAAAAGUAGUACAACACAGAGACUUUGAAGAAAGAUCCAAUUACUAUGAUGCUCUAUUGGCAGCUGAAUCAAAACCAAAAGCUAGCAAGAAAGGGGUUCAUGCUGAUAGUGGUGCUAAUACACCUGCAUACCACAUUCAAGAUCUCACCAAUGCUCCAGCAAAGAAAGCCAAGGAUUUCUUGCACUUCUUUCAACGAAGUAGGAGGCUUCCUGCCAUUGUUGAAUAUGUUCUCAGUGGCCAUCGGUUCAAGCUUCUAAUUCCCAAAGAAACUUGCAGUAUUGCAUUUGCUUUCUCAGGGGUGAGAUGUCCUGGACGAGGUGAACCUUAUUCGGAUGAGGCAAUUGCAUUUAUGAGGAGAAAAAUAAUGCAGAGAGAAGUUGAGAUUGAAGUGGAAACUGUUGAUAGAACUGGCACUUUUUUGGGAUCUCUCUGGGAAUCUAAGACAAAUAUGGCUGCUGUAUUACUUGAAGCUGGGCUUGCUAAAUUUCAGGCUUCUUUUGGUAUGGAUCGGAUAGCUGAUGCUCAUCUACUUGCUCGAGCUGAGGAGUCUGCCAAACGCCAGAAGUUGAAGAUAUGGGAAAAUUAUGUUGAAGGACAGGAAGUUUCAAAUGGAUCACCUUCUGUCCCUGAAAACCAGAAGAAGGAAGUUCUAAAGGUGGUUGUCACCGAAGUGCUUGGUGGAGGAAAGUUUUAUGUUCAAACAGUUGGUGACCAAAUGGUUGCUUCUAUUCAGCAGCAGCUUGCUUCCUUGGACAUUUCGGAAGCUCCUGUAAUUGGUAGCUUUAACCCCAAGAAGGGUGAUCUGGUUCUUGCUCAAUUUAGUGCCGACAACUCAUGGAACCGAGCCAUGAUUGUGAAUGUGCCUCGUGGUGGCAUUGUUCAAUCCCCAAAAGACACUUUCGAAGUCUUCUAUAUUGAUUAUGGUAACCAAGAAGUACUCCCCUACAGUUGUCUACGGCCUAUACCUCCUUCAGUUCAUUCUGUACCUGGAUCAGCUCAACUCUGUAGUCUUGCAUUCGUCAAGGUUCCAAGCUUGGAGGAAGAUUAUGGACAUGAAGCGGCUGAGUAUUUGAGUGAGCUAACUCUGAACAAUUCCAGGGAAUUUAGGGCCAUGAUUGAGGAAAAGGAUACAUCUGGUGGAAAAUCGAAAGGUCAAGGAAGUGGCACAGUGCUUCUAGUCACCUUGGUUGAUGUGGAAGCCAGUUCAAGCAUCAAUGCUGCCAUGUUGAAGGCUGGACUUGCUAGAUUAGAGAAACUUAAAAGAUGGGACAGCAGGGAGAGGAAAUCUGCCAUUGAUAACCUGGAAGAAUUUCAGGAGGAGGCGAAGAAGAGCCGUAGUGGAAUGUGGGAAUAUGGAGACAUACAGUCUGACGAUGAGGAUUCAGGUCCUCCUGCUAGGAAACCUGCCGGUAAGCGUUGAGCAUUCAAUAAAGAUAACUAAACUACCUAUGGUUUAGCUGUAGGCCGGGACUACACCGUUCAGAGUCCAAGAUAUAGAGAAGAGGAAAAUCAAAUGCGUCUUAAAAUUAAACUACUGAGUUGGUCUUUUAGUAAGUUGCAAAUUUUGUUAUUUAUUUAGUUUAAUUUUCAUAAACUUAUGGGUAAAAUAGUGAACACACUCCCCUUCUCCCUCAUCUCAUUCUCUGUACUUGAAUAGAAGUGUCACGAGUUCGUUUGCUUCCGUGGGGAGGCUGCCCUCACAAUUUUAUCUGUAGACCUGUUAAUUUUGUACCAUCUUUGAUUCUAUUUUUGAACUCGUGUUCUUUACUUUGAUUUGACAUA